UCUGUUUAAGUAAGCUGUGCUUUCGGAAAUUCCCGAUGAGAAACCGAGACCCCUCACCUCGUUACUCGGAAACCUAUUUAUUUCAUAUCGAAGCUCGAUUUCACUGCAAACUGUCGCCUUAGCCUCACCUUCACGGUUCGCUCCAAGUAACCUCAAAAUUGCAAUGCGUCCCCUCACAGAAGACGAAAGCAAAGCAGUUUUCACAAAACUUGCAAACUACAUCGGAAAGAACCUCAUCCACCUCAUCGACCGCAAGGAUGAGCCAUAUUGUUUCAGACUGCAUAAAGAUAGGGUCUACUACGUCUCAGAAUCGUCGAUGCGCAUGAGCAUAUCGGUCGCUCGGCCAAAUUUCGUCAGCGUUGGCACUUGCUUCGGAAAAUUCAGCAAAAGCGGCAAGUUCAAGUUGCAUGUAACAGCGCUUGACCAUAUCGCACAAUACGCAAAAUACAAGGUUUGGAUCAAAUCAAACGGAGAGAUGCCGUUCCUGUACGGCAAUCAUGUUGUGAAGGCGCAUCUUGGCCGGAUAACAGAAGAUACUCCUGAGCAUCAAGGGGUAGUGGUCUUCAGUAUGAGUGAUGUACCACUAGGCUUUGGCGUCACAGCCCGGUCAACGGUAGAUACCCGGAAACUAGAUCCAACAGCCAUAAUCGUCUUUCAUCAAGCUGACGUUGGCGAAUACCUAAGAGACGAGGAAACCUUGUUUUGAUCGCUCCACUUUUCUUUUUUCAUUCAUUCUUUUGGUAUGGGAGGUUUAUGGACCCACACAUCUUAUCUUACCCGUUCACAUGUCAGUGGUUUUGUAGUGCUUCGCCACGCGUAGAUCGCGUAUCACACCAUCUCUUCACUCUG